AUGCUAGCGUAUGCCGAGUCCCUCACUCUCCCUAUUGAGUCCUGCAAGUCGCGACCAAUUUCGCGUAGUUACUUGCAAGGGCUAAGGUUGAUGCAGCACUUCAACCAACUCCACGAUGCCGACCUUGAAACCGUCAUUUACCACAUUACUUCAUCUGCCUUUCUUCUCGAGAUGUCCAUGCAUCACAUGUCGCUACAGAGCAUCACGCAAGGGUUUCAAAUUGCGCUGAAGAUUGGACUCAACAACCAAGCGCUAUGGCCCAGUGAUAAUUGCGAAUUGGUAUCUCGCCAGGGACUUUGGUGGACUCUUUAUUUCCUUGACAAGCGCAUUACCCAAAAAUGUGGCAUCACAUACUUCCUGCGCGAGGAUGAAAGUGCCGUGAGCGACUUCAGCAAGGCCCACAGCGAUAUGUGCUCAAGCAAGCACGAGGUGCUACAGAGUCUAAUUUCGUUUAGUCGUCUGUGGGCUCACAUCUGGGACGGCUUCUUUUCACCCCGGGCUCCAAAGGCCGAUAACUGGGAGGAGCUGCAGAUAAUGGACACACGGAUUGUUCUGUCUUAUCGGCAAAUCCCGUCAAGCCUUCUUUGGAAGUCUUCCAUGGCCGCAGAGUAUAUGUGCGUUGAAGGAGAAGCACAAAUCCGCCAGAGACUGAUCGGGUUCUUGGUAUGCAUUCUUCAUCAAUCUCGGCAUUAA